AUGAACAACUCAAACCCAAAAUCUGUGAAAGUUUUAUAUAGUGAUGAGUCACAGUUUCCCCAUCAAAUAUCUAUGUUUCUCCACUGGGAUAGGGAAAAUGAGAGAAAUAAUGAAUUAAUUUUGGGAAAAUUUGUGGUUCAGAUAUUUCCUAUCAAGAAAAGAAAAAAAAAUGAUUUUGAUAAAUUAAUUCUCUUCUUUGGUUUGGGUUCAAAGAUGAAACACUUUUAUUAUCAUAAUCACCAAGCGAAUCCAAGAGGAAAAGUUUUUAUCGACUUCGUUGUUAAACAACUUCCUACAACAACCACUAAAUAA